AUGUGCCAGACUACUGACAACAACCAGCAAUCCCAAAACAAGGCCGACAUGGUCCAAGUCGGCGAGACCAAGCACGUCAAUGGCGUGAACGGUCACAACCACCAGCUCAACAAGAAGGACCAGCCCAGAAAUCCAUACGCACCGAGGUAUGCCGACUUUUUGAGCAACAUUUCCAACUUCAAGAUCAUCGAGAGCACUCUGCGAGAGGGAGAACAGUUUGCAAAUGCAUUCUUUGACACCAAGACGAAGAUCGCCAUCGCCAAAGCACUCGAUGCCUUUGGCGUAGAGUACAUCGAACUCACCUCUCCCGCUGCCUCUGAACAGUCUAGAUUGGACUGCGAGGCUAUUUGCAAGCUCGGUUUGAAGGCCAAGAUUCUCACCCACAUCCGAUGCCAUAUGGAUGAUGCCAGGAUCGCUGUAGAAACAGGCAAGGAUCUACUCUACUGCUUUCUCCCGUUCGCGCGGAGCGCUGGAGGGCGCUUCAUGUGUGUGGAUGGUGUGGAUGUGGUCAUUGGCACCUCCUCUUUCCUCCGUGAAUUCUCACACGGCAAGGACAUGGCCUACAUCACCAAGACCGCUAUCGAAGUCAUCAACUUUGUCAAGUCCAAGGGCAUCGAAAUUCGCUUCUCGUCUGAGGACUCGUUCCGCUCCGACCUUGUAGACCUCUUGUCCAUCUACCAGACUGUUGACAAGAUUGGUGUCAACCGCGUUGGUAUCGCAGAUACCGUUGGAUGUGCCAAUCCUCGCCAGGUCUAUGACCUCGUCAGGACUUUGAGGGGAGUCGUCAGCUGUGAUAUUGAAGUUCACUUGCACAACGAUACUGGAAUGGCCAUUGCAAAUGCCUACACCGCUCUCGAGGCGGGAGCAACCCACAUUGAUACAUCUGUUCUUGGUAUUGGUGAACGUGUCGGUAUCACACCAUUGGGAGGACUCGUCGCCUGCUUGUAUGCCGCCGACCCCGACUAUGUCAAGUCCAAGUAUAACCUCCCCAUGCUCCGAGAAAUCGAAAACUUGGUAGCCGAAGCCGUCGAAGUCAGCGUACCCUUCAUGAACCCAAUCACCGGCUACUGCGCCUUCACACACAAGGCCGGUAUUCACGCCAAGGCUAUCCUCAACAACCCAUCAACCUACGAGAUCCUCAAGCCUGAAGACUUUGGAUUGACACGAUAUGUUUCUAUUGGGCACCGACUCACCGGUUGGAAUGCCGUCAAGAGCCGUGUGGAACAGCUCAAGCUGGUGCUUACAGACGACCAGAUCAAGGACGCUACUGCCAAGAUCAAGGAAUUGGCCGACGUGAGGACACAGUCAAUGGAAGACGUUGAUACUGUGUUGCGAGUUUAUCACUCGGGUGUGGCCAGCGGGGAACUCGAGAUUGGAGAUCGACAAAUGUUUGACAGGCUCCUCCGGAGACACCGUGACUCGAGCGUGUCACGAGCAGAUGUACCUCAGGACGCUAUCGAAGGUGCUACUACGCCAAAUGCUUCUAUUCCCAAUGCAGUCACGGCUUAA